UUCAUAAUUCAUUAAUCGAUGAUAAAAAGGUAAGGCUUCUUCUCCUUUUUGAGAGGCAAAUAACUUCUCCUACCAAAUCCAACAAAGCAAUACAUAUUUUUAGGCCAAUUUUGAAGUUUUGGCUUAAACACCAAGACUUAUCAAAUGCAUCUCUAUCACCUUUGCUUAUACCCCAAAGAACCCAACCAUAAAACACUUAAUUCUACUCUCAAUUUCUUUUAAAAAGCCUCACUUUAGCUAAUCACUUCCACCCUUCUUUAUGCUUCUUGAACAAGAAUAAUAUAACUAUAUGUUGAUUGUGGCCUCACUCUCUCUACUAACCUUAAUCAUUUUGCUACUCUUCUGUGCUUAUUAUUAAGCUCUUGAGUUUCAAUAUAUGCCUUCCAUUGUCAAAGAAGCUCAAGAAAACCAAAUAUAACAAAAAGAAUGAUCUCUUCUUCUCCUGCUAAAAUUCUCAUAGGCAUUCCUUUAGAUCCAAAUGAGAGUAAAGAUCUUCUUUCAUGGGCAAUUACAGUUCUUGCUCGUCCCAACGAUGAGAUUAUUGCCAUUCACAUUCUUGUUGGUGAUGGGAGAAAGAAGCCAAAAUUGAUAAAGAGAAGACAAGAACACAUUCGCCAAGCGAAAGCACAUGUUAUUUCUGUGCUAGGAGAAUUUGCCAGGACUUGCCAAUCUAAGCAGGUAAAUUUGGAAGCUAGAGUAGGCUUUAGCUCUAGCAUUGCUAAAGGCCUAAUUGAUGAAGCAAAAUCCAUUUCUGCUGAGUAUCUUCUUCUACGCGGCUUGAGAAGCAAAUCGAAUAGAACUUGGCAUGAAGCUUUAAAGUAUUGUUUUAAGCAUGCCCCGGAAGGCUGUACAGUCGUUUCAAUUGGGAAAUCAGAACAUCCUCGAGAAAUUUCAGAUUCAGAAAGUUCAAGUUGGUUAAGCAAGAACAAUAGCAACGGUGAGAAAGAUACAGAAUCAAAAAUAAAGAUUCAGAACCCUUCACCAAGAACUGUACUAGAUGAACUAGAUGGAGAAUCUCACAGCACAGAAGAUGAUACUAUUAGCUUUGAGGGCUCAAGCUCUACAGAAUCAUCUUCUCCUUCCUUACCUUCAAAGUUAAAACCCGAAUCAAAAUCAAGAAAACAAAUGUAUGGAUGUAAGAUUAUCUCUUCUUUCUUUACUUCAUCUUUAAGAAAAAGAACUGCAAGUUUUUCGAAAAAAGAAAAGCAACAGCCUUUGCUCAGGUGCUUUAGCUAUGAAGAGAUUGCAAAUGCCACUAAUAACUUCCAUACAGAUAAUAUAGUAGGGAGAGGAGGGUAUGCAGAAGUAUACAGAGGAGAUCUUUGUGAUGGGAGAAGAAUUGCAGUGAAAAGAUUAGCUAAGGACAACAAAGAUGCUACGAAGGAGAAAGAGUUUCUUACAGAAUUGGGCAUUAUUGGACAUGUUUGUCAUCCUAAUACUGCAAGCUUGGUUGGAUGUUGCAUCGAAAAUGGGCUUCAUCUAGUUUUCAAUUUCUCUCAAAAUGGAAAUCUGGCCUCUGCUUUGCAUGGAAAAACAAGCAAAUCCCUGGAGUGGGAAGUGAGAUACAAGAUAGUACUUGGAGUGGCUAGAGGUUUGCACUAUCUUCAUAAAUGCUGCAAGCACAGAAUAAUACACAGAGACAUCAAAGCCUCUAAUGUUCUUCUUGGACCUGAUUAUGAACCAGAGAUAACAGAUUUUGGGCUUGCAAAAUGGCUUCCUAACAAGUGGACUCACCAUGCUGUGAUACCAAUUGAGGGAACAUUUGGGUACUUAGCUCCAGAGUAUUUCAUGCAUGGAAUUGUUGAUGAGAAAACUGAUGUUUUUGCAUUUGGAGUUCUACUUCUGGAGAUUAUAUCUGGAAGGAGGCCUGUUGAUUCAUCUAAGCAAAACCUUCUCUUAUGGGCAAAACCUCUAAUGGAAUCUGGAAAAAUAGCAGAACUAGCUGAUCCAAAGCUAGAAGGCAAAUUUAAUGAAGAAGAAAUGUACAGAGUAGUACUAACAGCUUCGUAUUGCGUGAGACAAUCCUCGAUAUGGCGUCCAUCAAUGAGUGAGGUAUUAGAGCUUCUAAAGAACGGAAAUGAUUCUCAAGUUGCAAGAAGUUGGAGAAUGCCAAAGUUUGCUUCUGAUGAAUUAGAUGAUUACUCCAUGGUUUUUGGAUAUGAGGUUCCUGCUGAUAUUGCUUUGGAGGAUUAUUUGUAGUUGCUUUGCUUUGUCUUAGAGAUCAUUAAUUUUCCAUUUUAGAAACCCUUUUCAAUUGGAAAAGUAGAUUUGAGUAAUGGGUUUGAUUUCUUGUGACAAGAAAUAUAUAUAUACAGUGGAUUUUCAAAUGAA